AUGUCGUUGAGGCCGGGAUCGAAGACGGAGGUGCGGCGGAACCGGUACAAGGUCGCAGUCGAUGCGGAGGAAGGUAGGCGGAGGAGGGAGGAUAACAUGGUGGAGAUCCGGAAGAACAAGCGGGAAGAGAGCUUGCUGAAGAAGCGCAGGGAAGGCCUUCUUCAGGCCCUGCCGCAGCAGCAGCAACCGCUGCUCGAUGCUGCUCAUGACGGUUCCGCCGCGGCGGCUGAUAGGAAGCUAGAAAGUCUUCCAGUGAUGAUUGCAGGUGUUAUGUCCGAUGAUAGGAAUUCACAGCUAGAUUCGACCACACAGUUCAGGAAGCUGUUGUCAAUAGAACGUAGUCCACCAAUAAAUGAGGUUGUACAAUCUGGUGUGGUUCCUCGAUUUGUUGAGUUUCUUGCAAGAGAUGAUUUCCCCCAGCUUCAGUUUGAGGCAGCUUGGGCUCUUACAAAUAUUGCUUCUGGGACGUCAGAAAACACCAAAGUUGUGAUUGAUCAUGGGGCUGUGCCUAUAUUUGUAAGACUCUUGGGUUCUCCCGCUGACGAUGUCAGGGAACAGGCUGUUUGGGCAUUAGGUAAUGUAGCUGGAGAUUCACCCAGAUGCCGUGAUCUUGUGCUUGGUCAUGGGGCAUUGAUGCCAUUGCUUGCACAAUUCAAUGACCAAGCUAAGCUCUCUAUGUUGAGGAAUGCAACCUGGACAUUAUCAAAUUUUUGCAGGGGCAAGCCACAACCUUUGUUUGACCAGACUAAGCCUGCCUUGCCUGCUCUUGAACGUCUUAUCCAUUCCAAUGAUGAGGAAGUUCUGACAGAUGCCUGUUGGGCUCUAUCAUAUCUCUCAGAUGGAACUAAUGACAAAAUCCAAACUGUUAUUGAGGCUGGGGUAUGCCCCCGGCUUGUUGAGCUUCUUCUUCAUCCAUCUGCGACGGUGCUCAUUCCUGCACUACGCACAGUUGGAAAUAUUGUGACUGGGGAUGACAUGCAAACUCAGUGCAUGAUUGAGCAUCAAGUGCUGCCUUGCCUUUUGAAUCUGUUGAGCAAUAAUCAUAAGAAAAGCAUUAAGAAGGAAGCCUGCUGGACAAUCUCCAACAUCACAGCUGGAAACGUGAAUCAGAUACAGGCUGUUAUUGAAGCUGGCAUAAUUAGCCCUCUCGUCCAACUACUUCAAAGUGCAGAGUUUGAGAUUAAAAAGGAGGCUGCUUGGGCCAUUUCCAAUGCUACAUCUGGUGGAACCCACGACCAGAUCAAAUUCCUAGUGAGCCAGGGUUGCAUUAAGCCACUAUGUGAUCUCCUAAUCUGUCCCGACCCAAGAAUCGUUACGGUCUGCUUGGAGGGUCUAGAAAACAUUCUGAAGGUUGGGGAAGCUGACAAGAAUUUGGGCAACUCGGGAGACGUAAAUGUGUUCUCUCAACUCAUCGAUGAUGCAGAAGGGUUAGAGAAGAUUGAGAAUCUGCAGAGCCAUGACAACAAUGAUAUAUAUGAAAAGGCGGUGAAGCUUCUGGAGACAUAUUGGUUGGAGGAGGAUGUUGUCCCCGUCGCUCCUGGUGAUCCAGCCCAAGGUGGAUUCAAUUUUGGAGGCAGCGAACCUCCCGUUCCCACAGGAGGAUUCAACUUCAGUUAA